CAGGGUGGGGUCACAAGCAGGGAGAGGCGGAGGAGAAACGAAGAGAGAGAGCGCCCAACCCUGUACACGGCAACAACACACCGAGAGAGAGAGACUUUACUGGUGAAGAAAGAGGAAUAGUCGACGCCGUGGAUAUGAUCUGAAAGAAUACCCGAAGAGGCAAACAAUACAACUUUCUCCCAAAUAGCAAAUAGAUUCAAAAAGGUGGAAAACUGCCAAAAAGAUUACUAUUAUUCAAAUUCACCCCACCCGAUCAACCCCCCCCCCCUCUGCACCCUAGCUACCGAGAUGCACACGGAGACUCGAAGCAAGAAAUGCCAGUCGAGUCCUAAGAAGGCCAGCAGUGGUGCCAGCUCCCAGUCCCAACCACAUCCAAAGGUGCCCCAACCCAAGAAGGAGCCCCAACCCAAGAAGGAGCCCCAACCCAAGAAGGAGCCCCAACCCAAGAAGGAGCCCCAACCCAAGAAGGAGCCCCAACCCAAGGUUCCCAAGAAGGAACCCAAGACCGAGCCCCAGACCCAGGUGGAAGAAGAAGACAUGCCCUCAGUACACAUCAAACCAGAACCAGAAGAGGUGGAGUGCACGCAGGCUGAAGUGGGUGAGGAGUUUCCCCAGCCUUCAGACCUGAAGAUCAAGACAGAGAAGACCCAACCUGAGUCUCCCCCUCCCCUCUGCACAGCCACAGACAUGACCAUAGACACAACCACAACAGACACACAAGACGACUCCUCCCGCCCCUCAGAGGACCAGACGGAACCUGUCGACCUGUCACUUGGCAAGCCACGCCCCUCCCUGCCCGUUUCUACACCGUCCACCACAGCCAACCCCGCCCCCAGCUCUGUGGCGCCGCCCACGCUGUCGGCAAACCACAUCCCUACGGUAACCAUUCUAGACACCAUGAUGCUCUCUCCCGGGUCCAUCCUAGCAUCCACCCAGGGGGCAGGCGGUCAGCAGAUCCUGCAUGUCAUCCACACCAUCCCGUCGGUCAACAUGCCCAGUAAGAUGGGCCAGCUGCAGACCAUCCCCGUGGUGGUCCAGUCUCUGCCCUUGGUCUACACCACCAUGCCCACGGACGGAGUGGCCACCGCUGCCAUCACAGUGCCCCUCAUCGGGAGCGACGGGCGCUCUGAGGGAUCCGUGCGUAUCAAGCCUGGCUCGGCGUCCCCAGUGGAGUACCAGAGUGACAGUGAUGUGGAGAGUGGGACAGAGUCGGGUUCAGCUUCCUUCAGUACACCGGGACUGGACACAGGGUCAGGCGUAGACAUGGACAUGCAGGUGGAUCCUGAUUCGCCGGAUAUGAAGAGGAGGCGUGUCCAUAUGUGUGACUAUGAUGGCUGUAACAAGGUGUACACCAAGAGCUCACACCUUAAAGCCCACCGCAGGAUACACACAGGAGAGAAGCCAUACCACUGUACAUGGGAGGGCUGUACCUGGAGGUUCGCCCGGUCAGACGAGCUGACACGACACUUCCGUAAACACACGGGCAUCAAGCCCUUCCGCUGCACCGACUGUGACCGCUCCUUCUCCCGGUCCGACCACCUAGCCCUGCACCGGAGACGCCACGUCAUGAUGUGAACCAUGACCUCUGGCCCCUGAUCUUUAAACCCUUCCCCCUACUACCAUCAUCACCCCCCCCUCGGUACUCAACUGAAACUCAGAUGGGAGGGGCUAAACCCUGGAUUGUCACUUCCUGUUCCUGUCUCUUUUCUCUCCUCGUCCUCUAAUUUGAACUGUGGGUCAUCAUGGAGAUCAGGAAAUGAUAGAGAUGGAGAACACAGAUUGCAAAGUAAAUGAUGAGAGCGGUUCAUUGUUGUUAUUUGGUUGCCCAGCACCUGAAGGGGGAGUCCACCACUCUUCACAGCCACCCUCACCCCAAUGCUUACCUUCUCAUCUCUCCCUCACACCCCACUCAGUGUGACCAUGGCAUGACGCCAUCCUCCUCUAUGGCUUCCUAUCCUAUCCUGGACUGAGAGAGAGACAGAGAACGGACUUUGAAAUGAUGCAGGGAUGCCUACACCAUACACUCAGCUCAGAGGAAGAAGAUGAUGUUUGUUGACUUCAGAGGGGAAGAUACUGUAGAUACCUUUACUGUAUUUUCCCUCUCAACUUCUGUGAUCCUGCAUUGUGUGUGCGUGCGUGCGUUAGUGAAGCGUGUGCUAUUUAAAGACAGUUGAAGAUGCUUAAAGUCCUCUCCUCCAUAUUCUUCCCGAGCAGAGUCCGCAGACUCCUCGGGGUGUGUGGGGUAGAACUGUUCUAUUCUAUCUAAUUCAAACCCCCCCCCACUCCCCCAUCCCCUAAAACAGGGAGCUACAAGACUGUGAAUUUUUAUUAAGAUUCUGUUUUCCUCCGUUUCAAUCAGAAAUGAAAUCAUGUUCACUUGCCCCACAUUUUUAACUUGUUUGUUCAGUAACAGUAUUUGUUGUUUAAAAAAGUUAGUUUUUCCUUCUUCUCCUUCCCUCCUUCUCUUUGCCAGUGAAUGGCUCUUAACAGAAUAACAUCCUUUUUUUGUCCAUUUCAAAUCCUUAGAUUGUGUUUGAGGCUGUGAAAGUAUAAGAAAAAAAAGUUUGAGAUUACAAAUGGAACUCUCGCAGGGAUCUAGGGGAGCUUGUGUGUGUGUGUUUUUGCGUGUGUAUGGACGUGUGUGUGUGUGUGUGUGUGUGUGUGUGUGUGUGUGGAACAAAUAAUCAGAACUGAUGAUUUUAGAAGUGUGUGUUUGGGGCAGCAGAGUGUUACCUCUUGCUCGUCGGCGCCUUAAUGAAUCAAAGUCAAUCUGAGAAACUCUGGUUUUAGAAACGCGCGUUUAUUUUGGUCUUCAGGGUUACCCAGGAAACGGGGUCUUAUCGCCCUGACGACAGGUCACGAGGCACUCUCUUUUUUGUUACAAGCAUUUCUACCCAGACUCAGAUCAGGGCUUGUAUUUACAGAGUCACAGAGUAAGAUUUUUGAUCUAGGAUCAGGUCUGCCCUUUCCAUACGAUCUUAUUCAUUAUGAUCUCAAAGGCAAAACUGAUCCUAGAUCAGGAAUUUACUGAUCUUCAUGUCUUAAGCUGGCUGUUUUUAGCUCCUGCUCUCUGGGUUCACUUGAUUAUGCAACUUCCACAGACCUCACUCCUUACGCUGUACUGGGGUCAGUGGAUAAGUAUGUCUUGAUAGUGGAACAUACAAAGAGCUCACUCCAAAGUGCUGUUAUGGAGUAAGUAGCUACAUAUAUCUUGCUACUGGGACAUACACAGAUCUUGCUCCUAAGGGCUGUACUGAAGCCAGUGGCUAAGUACGUGUUACCACUGGAACGCACAGCUCCUGUGGUACUAGUGCUGAGUGAUUAACUGAAAUGUCGGUUAUUUUACGUUUUUCAAACAACUAAUUGACCAACAUCAGUUCAAUUAUUUAAAUUCCAUUGUUCCGUUUUUUUUCUUGGUGAGCUCAUUGCACAGUUUCUGUACAAAUAAAUCAGAUAUAGACUGAAAUGUUUGAUGUAAGGAGGGAGUUGUAGUUUCAACAGGGCCAAUAUUCUAAAUAGUUUAGCUCAUAAAACGCGGUGAAUAACUACAAUGACCAGAAUCCAUUGCGCAUCUACUUGUCUGGUCUAUGUUUUCUUUUACACCAACUAUGGAAGAGACAGAAGAAUGCGUGAUGGUGAGAGGAUACAGAGAGCAGCUGUUGGUUCGCAAGGUAUCUGUACCUGCAAAUACAUGAUCUAAGUGAUUUGAUAUUUGGUAUUCAGCAGUCAUAAAAUAUGCGUUAUUUACUUUGAAGCACUACUAAAAUAGUGAUUUUGUCAGACAGCAUAGGCAGCAGCUCUAUAGAGAUGAGAUGAGUUGGAAUGAAAUACAAAUACAAAACUACAACUCCCUCCUACAUCAAACAGUUCAGGCUGUAAAGUCAUCAAAUAAAACAAAUGUAAUAUACACAACAGCUGAAAUAUUUGAUUAAAGUGAUGUGAAUAAAUGUUGGUUAAUAUAAGUGAUGCACAGUAAUGGGCAGUCACUACCACCAUGGGACUUUUAUUAUUUGUUUUGUUCUGUGUUAUUACAGCAUUCAACCCACAUAAUGCAUAGUGCAUUUAAUGAACCGACCUCAAAAAGUACUAAUCGCUCAGCACUAUGUGGGACAUACAUACAGAGAGGGCAUACUUGAGGACAUGUAAACAACUUGUUUGGCUGUCUCGCUAGCAGUCGCAGCAGCCAUAAUCAUUUCAAACGCUAGCUAAAUAAAGCACGAGCGAAUUUAACAUCCCUUUUCUGUUCUGACAAUUUAAAAACAAAAUGCAGAUAAUGCUUGUCUGACUCUGAGCCCAGCCUUGGUGAGUUGAGUUGAGCGCAUGCCGGAAGCAGCGAGAGAUCUUAUUGGUCCACACAGAGCAAUGCAAUGUUCCUAUGAGUUUCUCUCAUUCUCUGCUUCGACUCCUAACAAUGAUACUAAGCACAUCUUUCUAGAAGAGUAUAUGCAUUUGAUUGCAACUUGUUUUGUUUUGUAAACUGUUCAUAUUAGAUGUUAAGGACUAUGAGAAUAAUGAAAAAGAAUAAGAAGUGUACAUUCUGUAUAUAAAUCAAAAAGCAUAAUAAAUGUAACAGGUGGAGUUCUAUUUUUAACACUGACUAGACAAUGUGAAAAUAUCAUUUGUAUUUUCUUUUCUCCUCUGUUGGAUGGAUUUACAAAUGAAAUGUGUAUAAAAAGUUAAAUUCCUUCUUUACAAAAAAAAUCCCUCAAAAUCGGUCCCUUUUGUGUUGUGCUCACUGUUGUUGCAUGGAGAGUAGCAUUUGUUUUUGUGAAGUUGGUGAGCAUGUCGGUGUGAACAUGGUGCCCUAACCUAACAGUUAUGAUGACCUGCAACAAGCACUGAAAAAUCUGAAGAACCAUCUCGACCAUAUCCUUAUCCCAAAAGUCACCCUAUUCCCUAUGUGUAGUGCAUUACCUUAGGGUUCUGGUCAAAAGUAGUGCACUAUAUAGAGAGAAGGAUGCAAUUGUGGACACACCCCAAUGCUGAAAAACUGAUAAUGUGUCAUAUCUGUUGUCGUUGGUCAAACCCACCUCAAUGCAUAGACAUGGCAAUGCCAGUGAUAUACAAGACACCAACUCAUCCAUAUGAAAUAACAUCAGAAUCCUUUUUAAUGUACUCCAUAUACCACAAAGAAAACCAUCCAGUAGUACAUCAAUACACCACGAUAGUGAUGCUCUUGCCAAGAACAUGCAUCUAUGGUUCGGACUUGGCAGCAUACGACUGAAGACUUCAUGACCAUCUGCUCCUUAUUGUAUCUGAACAAGCACGUUUAUCCACUAUUUGCUAGUCACCCAUCACUUCUACAAUACGGCACCACAUAAUGUAAGGGUAAAUUGAUUGAUUGUGUGUGUGUGUGUGUGUGUGUGUGUGUGUGUGUAUUACUGAACGUGUGUGAGUGUGCUUUUUCUUAUCAUUAAUCAAAACUUAAGAAAUCAUAAUUUUAGGUAUUUUUUAUUGAAUGCAGUAAUUUAUGGGCCAGUACUAUAUUACUCAGUGCAAUGCAGUUAUCGUUAUAAUAAUACAAGUCAUUAAUAUUAUUUCUUUUGUAUUUGUACAGAACAAAUGUGUAAAGAUCAGUGAGGAAAACGUGAGCUUUUUGAUACUGUGAGAUGUUGUUUCAUUAAGUCAGUUUCCCCCUGUACAGUUGUGAUUUACCCCCACUCCUUUUAUAGAAUAAAAUGUUUUUGGUUCAGA